UACAUAGAUAGGACUUCAAAAUCGUGUAAUAAUCUUUACAAACAGAUAGUUAUCGAUCUCAGAAAAUAGAACUCAACCGUUUAAAAAUUGAUGCCUUAUACCUCAUGAGUAUUCAAAGUUAUUUCUUCAAGAUGUCUGUGUACGGAGUGUUCGCGUUUUUAUUACUUAUGUGGUUUGUGCUACAUGAUGUGAAGACGAAAACUGUUGAAGAUGUAGGAGAUCCAGAUUCGUAUUUACAAUGGAUCUGCAAGAAAAAUGCAUGUUCAAGAGUGAUAAGAAAAACGAACACCACCGAUAAACUUCUUCCUUUGGAAACCUGUAGAAAAAUCUGCCCAGAUAUAGUCGUAUGGCCAAAACCGAAAAGCUACAAAUUCGUUUCUGAUAAAUCACAUUCAUCCUUCUACAAAUCAAACAUCCAAUUCAACUUAGUAACGCCUCCAAAAGCAAAUAAAGUAUUGAACACCUUCAUCGACAUCUUCAAAGGUUACCUCAAAGACGAUGGAAAAAAUACCAACGACAAUAUCCUGAAAGUGAACAUCAAUGUUAAAAGUGAUGAUCUGCGCUUGAAUUUAGGAACUGAUGAGAGCUACAAACUUGUAGUGACUAAAAAUCGUGCCAUCAGUGUAAACAUAAUAGCUUCCACAUUUUUCGGAGCAAGACAUGCACUUGAAUCUCUGUCUCAACUCAUUUGGUUCGACCCUAGUUCCAAAACUCAUAGGAUACUCCAUAAUCUUGAAAUCGAGGAUGCACCUUCCUUCACCUACAGAGGUGUUAUGGUAGAUACUUCCAGGAAUUUCUUCCCUAUUCCCCUACUAAAGAAAGUAGUUGAUGGUAUGUCUUACUCCAAGUUGAAUACUCUCCACCUUCAUCUAACUGACGCUGUAAGUUUCCCUAUGAAACUCAAGAACCUCGAGUGGUUGGCAGAUGGUGGAGCUUAUGACUCUAAAAUGAUAUAUACAGAAGAAGACAUUGAGGAUUUAAUGAGGUACAGCUUGGUUAGAGGUGUAAGGGUGCUUUUGGAAAUAGAUGCACCAAGUCAUGUCAGUACAGGAUGGCAUUCACACCCAGAAGAUGAAGAUCUAGUGAUAUGUGAUGAAGAUGACGUACUAAAUGGUCAUCUGAAUCCAGAUAAUCCAGAAAGUUUGGAAGUCUUACGAAAGAUUUACAACAAACUGAUAAAAUUGAUGAAGAACGAUGAUAUAUUUCACAUAGGAGGAGAUGAGGUGAAUUUGGACUGCUGGAAUAAUACAAUUGCAGCCGAAAAUGUGACUGAUAUGACUGUAUUUUGGGCUGGUUACACCAACCUUAUGUUCGAGCAGCUCAAAUUGGCGAAUGGUGAUAAAUUACCGAAGAAUAUCAUAAUGUGGUCAAGUCCUUUAACAGACUACAGGUAUACGAUAAGUGAAUUGCAACAUAAAGACCGUUUGGUCGUGCAACAUUGGUUAGGAAACACCAUGAAUAUUCUUAGUCAGGGUAUCAGGGUCAUCCACUCAAACGUUGGGUUUUGGUACCUCGACUGCGGUUUUGGACCAUGGAAACCAAGUCAAAUGAACGGUGUAUGUGAUCCUUACAGACCCUGGCAGAAAUUCUACGAGUAUAGACCAUGGGUGAAUAGCUAUGUCAGGAAUUUGACAGAAGGUGGUGAAGUUUGCCUGUGGGCUGAACAGGUGGCUGAGGAAUCUCUGGAGACCAGGAUUUGGCCCAGGACAGCUGCGUUCGCUGAGAGAGUUUGGAGUGACCCUGAUUAUGUCAAAGAGGAUGUUUAUAUGAGGUUGGAUAAUUUCAGGGAGAUUUUGAGGUUUAGGGGUUUGGAAGUUUCUGCGAUAUGGCCCAAGUGGUGCACAAUGAAUCCUGGUAAAUGUAAAUAAAGAUGUUUUGUGUUA